ACGUACAGUGGACGUUCACCAUGACAGUCAGUGGUCCUAUGUUUGGGACAAGUCUGCUCCACUCUACGUAGAUCUCAGCUGUCCCGUGUGUGUCCGUAUGCUCACAGACUUUAGGCCGAGCAUUGCGGUCACAGAGGCCGAAGAGAGGAGCUCGUGAGCCCGGGUGGAGCUGUCUGUGCACGGGCUUAAGCUAACCAACAUAGCCGUUAUCUCGCAUCCGUCAGGCGGAGCUAAAACCCGUGGAUCUUUUUCACUCUGUUCUUCUGAUAAAGCAGGUCACAAAAAAGAUGCCCUGACCCGCAGCACCCCUCUGUGGAGAGGCAGUGCACAGCAUGUCCUGAGUGCACCUGAGCGUUUGCUUCAGACCACAGCAUACAGGACACCACAUCCUCUCUCCCUCUACAGAAGGCUCCUGGUGGCUCCUGGGGGCCCCUCCUCCCCUCCACGCCCUGUAGGCAGAGGAUGGUGGGGGUGCUGUCCCGCAGGAGCAUGUCUCAGCGUCUCAGCCUCCUCCUGGUGGUGGUGGGCCUGGUCUGGGGGCUCAUGCUACUGCGCUACACCGUCCAUCAACCCAGGCACCAGAGCAGCCACGAGCUCCGUGAGCAGAUCCUAGAGCUAAGCCACAGAUAUGUGCGCGUGCUCAGAGAGGAGAAGGAGAGCGCUCCGGGAGGGCCACAGGGCACCGCACUUGCUGGAUAUGCUGACCUUAAGAGGACCAUCGCCGUGUUACUAGAUGACAUCCUGAACCGCUUGACAAAACUAGAGGGCAAAAUCACCCUGAUGUCCAACUCCUCCUCCUCCACCAACUCCUCUCAACCAGCAGGGAGCGCUCUGUCCUCUGCCCCCAUGUCCUUACAGAGGCCCGGCAAGCUCAAGCCCACCGCUAGGACGUCCCGACUGCACCCACACGUCCCCAAUCGCCUCUAAUCUCACCUCCAGCCAGACUGUUGCACCUGCUCCUUUAACAGGACCGGAUGCUGCUAUUUUCUAAUCUAUGUUAUAAUGUUGUUUCCUCAUCACAAACAUACCUGGAGUUGGGUUUUGUUUUAUUAAUGUUUAGUAUGUUUAACACACAGACCUGCAUAAACCCUUCAUAUUUAGGCUUAGUUAUUCUCUCAAACAGCCUGUUCCACCUUAUGAUAUGUGGUAAUGCAGGAAGUGCUCCACUGUGUAUUUAAACUCCAUACUCAAUCAUCUGGAUACUCUCAGUCCUGGAAUUGCCAAUCUCUAAACUUACAGCCACCUUUUACAUUUUGUUCAAUAAACAACCACUUCAUGACAUCAGAGCAUUUUAAGUUUAAGUUUUUAAGUACUGAAACAUGAAACAAAACAGAACUCCAGGUAUGUUUUUGAUGAGGUAAGUUAUAACAUUGCUAAAAGCUCACAGGAGUUAAUUUUGUGUAAUAUAGAACCUUUAAGAAGUUUCUAUUUAUUUUUACGAGCCUGCACAUUUUUGGUUAAGUUUUGAUUUUAUUUUUCUUUUUUUCUUUCUGAUGCCAUAUUUGCAGUGUUAUGUUUAGCUGCUGGAUAUGUGUUGACACCAGCUGUACUCCUCACCUGCUUGAACUUCUCAGAAUUGGGGUUGCAUUAUAUACAUUGAAAACUAGUCUGAAAUUUCAAUGAUAUGAGAUGGCAUUUUAAUCUGAACAUUACUUAAAGUGCAUAUGACAGGUUUUUAGUUUUUUCUAAUUCUGACUUGGUUUGAAAGACUAGUACCUCUGCUAAAUAUUCAUAAUAGUUUUACAACAGUGGCAAACUGUCAAGAAAAGUACAAAAAAAACAAGAAAUUGCACUGAGUUCUAUUCUAACAGAAUACCUCUACGUAUGUCAUCACCAUAGACUAUAUAUAAAUGGACACAGCUAAACUUCUAGACGCCGUGUUUCAGAUAGAAGUGAGCAUGAGCAUGUUUCCAGCUCCAUCAAAUCUAGUUCCAGUUCACUUUCCAUUGAAAAAACGUUGCCCCUCUCUGCCAUCAGACUCGACAUUUUGGUCUUAAAGGUUUUCAUAUUAACCUCCUCUACGUGAUCCUGGUGUUUUUAUUUAGUUAUUUUUUCUGUAAAUCAAAAUGUGAACAUUAACAACUGACAAAGUUUUUAGUUGCUAUGAUACUGACGGUCGGAAUUCCAAAUAUGGAACUCAGCUCCAGAUUGGUCCCUGUACCUGCUCUAGCCUGAAUGAGCUUCAUUUGACUGGAGCCGAACACGAUAGGUGGCAUCACACUCCCUUUGUCCACUUUUAAAUACAGUCUAUGAUCAUCACAAAGAAAACUCCAUCCAAUAUGCAGGGACAAUUUAUGCACAAGGAAGGCAUCAACUUUGAUUAAACAAAAUAAAGGUGUUAUUUAGGAUAAUCUUAAUAUAGAGAUUAGGAUUAUCCUAAAACUAUGGUCACUAGUUAAUAGUUACAGAUUUACCUCUGCACGUGCCUGCUACCCAUGUCCAAUCAGGAAGGAAAACUAUAACCUGCACCAAAUUUUUUAAAUUAGUCAAGAUGUGUAGUAAAAUAUUAAAUAAAAUAGUUGAACCUGUCAGAUGCACUUUAAUGUUAAUUAUGUAAAAACCUCACUGUGAUGUAGAUUGUUCUGCUCUAAAGUCCCGCCUGCUUUGAAGUCUCUCAGGGUUCUAGUAGUAAAUUUCCCAUUCAUUUUCCCAUGAACUUUUUGAAUAAUUUAAAGGUGUGACAAAGGCUAAGCAUGGUAAUUAUGGUAACUACUGUCCGUAACGUGGUUAUUGUCAUUUAAAAAAACAAAAACAUAUUUUAAAACUUAGUAACUUGUUGGUUUCAAAUUUCAGAAACUAAUUUUAUAUUAAAUUGUAGGUCUUGUUGUGAUUAGACUGUGCAGUCCCUCAAUCAUGUCAUUAGUUACCACAAAAACUGAUUAAUAAUGUGUUUUUUAGUAAGUCCAUGGGAAAGAUUUAUGAGAAAUUUACUUCCAAAGAACCUUGAGCUGUGUGGUCACUGGCUACAUUUCAUGCACACCAAAAUCUGAUUAUUAUCAGAUUUUUGGAGCUUUAAAAUUACUUGUAGUGCAUUUGACAGAUUUAUAUAUUUUUCAAAUUAUUACCUAGUUGGUAAAUAUUGAUCAUAGUUUUACAUCAGUUAAGUGUCAGUUUGUGAAGAAAAGUAGAAAACAGUUAAAUACAGGAAGUAGUUCUUAAGUUCUACAACAGAAUCCCUCUCCCCAUCUCAUCCACAUCCAAAAUGCUGAGACAAUUUAGACAAGGAAGACAUUUUUCUGACUGUUUACAUCUUUAUUUUGUGAAAUCAAUGUUUAGUCAUUUAUUUUCAUUAGUCAAACCAUGUGUAUUUUGUAAUUUAGACAAGUUUUGGCCUUUUUAACAUUACGGUUGCUAAGUAACAUACCACUACCGGUACAUAUGUCAUAUCUGCUGUCCUUGUCCAACCAGGAAGUAAAAUUACAAACUUCACCAAAAUUACAAAACUAGAAAAGACAAGGAAAGAUUUUUGUAAAAUCUUAAAUAUAAUCAUGUUAAUUAUGUUUUAGAGAAAUGAGUAGUCUAACUUGUCACAUGCACUUUAAAUGACAGGCAAAAUCAGCUGUGAGUAAUUAGAGAGACCAUGAUCAAAAGUUGGUUGAUUUAGCCUUUUACUUGUCAUUUUAAUGAUCUUCUUAUUCCAACAAUCUGAUAAUUAGAUUUUGAGUGUGCGUGUAAACACAGCCACUGUUGAGCUCCAUUUCACUGGGAUAAGUCCAACGUCAAACAUGGAGCAAAAGGACUUUCAAUACAAAAAUGAUGACGAUGGUAGAUUGUGAUUGGUUAAUGCCACACUAUUGUACUGUACUGUACUGUACACUUAAUGAAACUUUGAAUAUUUACUCGACUAUGUACAGUGCCCUCCUCUCAUAUUGUCCUGAUCAAAUCCAACAGACUGUGUGAUUCAUGAGGAUUUGGGGCCAUUGGUACUGAACAAAAAAAAUCAAAUUUAAAAAUUGUAUUUAUGGUUCCAUUUAAUGAAAUUCGAGAUGAUGCUUGUAUUUGAAAGAUAAAUCUAAUGUAAAAAACACAAACUUAGGCCUUAAGUGAACAGCUUGAGAAUGACCUUGAUCUAUAUCAGAAAAAAUGUUUAGUAUUAUUUACUGUUUUUAGUCAUUUUGGGCAAUUUUAGAGCAAACUAAGCAAGCAAGCUUUGUGUGUGCUGCUUUCAAGGCCUCUGCAAUUCCAAGUACUACAUGAGAUCACACAGGACUGCCCCGGGAUAACAGCCAGGGAUUUCUGAUUCUGUACCUCUCACUCCUCCCCCCUCAUUCUCCCCUUUAGUCCUCCAAACCCCUCCUCCCCUCUACUCCUUCAGACCCCUCCCUCCACUCCCUUCCCCUAGUCCUCCAGGUACUGCCCAGUUUUGUGGCUUAAUUUGAAAUGUGGUUGUGGACUGAUCUUAUGUGUUUAGUCCCACUUCAUUCUGCUGUGUUAUUGGGCUCCUUCUCAUUGUCAAAUCUUAAGCUUACCUUUUUUGUUUUUAUGUUUUUUUCCCCAGUACAAGUGGAGGGCACUGUAUCGCUGAGGCUUGUGUCCGUCUUGCUGCUUGUUGAGCCCACAUACUCCACGUAUCAUCUAGAAUCCAAAGAGUUGAUUUAACAUGUAACUUUAUGCAAACGAGUGGACGAGAUCUUCUUAAGCACAUACUGAGUAGAUGUAUUUUCCUCGCCUGUCGUACUGUUAACUGCUCGGGUGACGCACUGUGACAUUUCUAUGACUUAAGGCCUUGUUCAUAAACUUAUUUUUAUGCUCUAAUAUCUAUAAGCAAUAUCUCAUCCAAGCUGCAAAGACUGUAACUCAAAAUGCCAAUACGAGGAGUGCUAGAAGACAUUUAUUUUGCUUAGAAAAUACAGAAUGCAGAGAAUGCAUUUAAAGUGUGAUAUUUUAUGAACAGAUGGAAUUUUCCGCAGUAAAGUUUGAAGAGAAAAUACUGUUUGUAUCCGAUUUAUUGCAAUAAAACGUGUAUCCACUGUGCCUGCACC